GAAAUGAACUGUUUAGAAUUUAAAUUGAAAGGGGAAAUGACAGGGGAAAUGGAAGAAGAAAUGGAAGAGGCUUUGUUGAAAAUUUAUGCUGUUAAACGUAAAAUAGAGCAUUAUAUUGAAUAUGGAUUAUUUGCUUCUGAACUUAAAAAGCUAUACAUUUUUUUUUUCAAAAAACAAUUUUUAAAAACAUUAAUACUUUAUUCGCAACUCUACAACAAAGUAUUCAAUGAAAUUCAGGAGGAAGAAAGACAGUUUACAGAUAAUUCUUUUUUCUUGACAAGUCUGCUUUCCGAAAUGAACAAUGAAAUAUUAAAAAUAGUAAAUGUGAGAUCCCCAAAUUUGAAUGAGUUAAUUCGAAAUAAAUUUACAAAAAUGUCGGAAUCGGAGGAAAAUAUCGAAAAUUAUUUAAUUAAAAAUUUAAAGGAAAGUAAUGGGGAAUAUGAGGAGAUACCUCAAUUUGAAGGGUAUGAGGAGGAGAAUGGAGGGUCUGCCGGAAGAAAUGAUUCUGGAAAGGAAGAAAUUGGCAAUAGCCUUUUUAAGGGUGGAAAUAUAUUUAGAAAGCCUACUGGAGGAAAAAACGCUUGGCAGGGAGGAGUUGGAAGUACCUCUAAUAAUGUCGGAAAGGAAAUUAGAAAGUCUUUAGGAGGGAAAAAAUAUGGAGAAGAGGAAAAAGUUGGAAAGGAUCUUAUAAAGGUUGGAAAGGACAUUAGAGAUCGGACCGUACCGUACUACGGUCGUAUUUUUCGGUAG